AUGGUCGUUCUCUUAGUUCCACUAGCAUGUCUGGUGUUCGCUGACACUCAACAAGAAUGGUACAAAGUUCAAAUCGAGACGCAAGUCCUUCCAUUCUACGUUCUAGCCUAUCAUAAUCUUCAGAAUCAUGUGCUCAAUGAACUCCUCACCGUUGAUGUUGCCUCUUUGGACGACACUGCCGUUGGUCAACUGGUCAAUCGUCUCUAUUGUGCCAUUCGUGAAGUAUACAAUUCACUUCAACAAGCUGUGUUGGCCAGUGAACAACUUCGAGUUCAUGUCAGUGAUCGUCUCACAUCGAGUGUUGCUCAAGCAAGUGCUUAUGAACAGGAUGUUCUCGACAAAGAGAGUGCCAUUUCUCAAGUGGAUCAAGCUCUUAGUGGCGCAUUGACUCAAUUGGCAUUAGCCGAGCAUGCAGUUAUCGAAAAGGAGAAAGCAGUUGCUAGUGCUGAUCAGACUGUUCGUGAUGCUGAAUAUGCGAUCGAACAAGCAAAAAAGUGUCGAGGUAAACGAAGUUGGUUCAGUCAAAUUACUCGUCCGAUUGUUCGACCGAUCGAGAAUGCAAUCAAAGAUGUGGUGAUCAAACCUAUAUGUUCGGUGAUCAACUAUGGAGGUAUUGACAAUGCAAAGAGUCGACGAAACGAUGCUUACAAUCAGUUACAAAGCGCUCGAGCUCAGGUGGAACAUUAUCGUCAAGUCGGCGCAGGACAUCGAACAACAAAGGAAAGUCUCGAAAUACAACUGAAUGGACUGCGAUCAUUAUUGGCAAAUAUUCAAGUAGCUUUUCAAGUUUUACAAAGUGAACUCACUGUAACAAUGAAUAUCGCUGAGGAGGUACGUCAAAUGUACAAAAAUGAACAAUCAUUUCACGACACAAUAUUAACAAUCGAUCAAAAUUUUCUCAUGAAUAAUUCAUUUCUAUUUUUGAUUUAG